AUGCCGAAAGAGUUAAGAAAGGCUCUCAGAGAGUUUUUGAAUGACUAUAGAUCAAGGAACGCCAAGAAUCUUGACCCAGAUGACGAGGACGAGGCAGAGAGUCAGAAAGUAGACUUACCAGGAGGGGAAAAGGAUCCAACCAACACGCAUGCUCAUAACAAGGAAGAACAAAGGGAAGAUAAUCUAGAUAGACCUCCGCCAACCCAAAGGACAAAGGGAGGAUUAUCUAAGAAAGACAUACUAACUUCAAAGAGAGUUUUUGAGGACACAGCCUCCCUUUGGGCAAACGGCAAAGUACCGUAUGUGAUUGAUGAAUCAACUUAUGCCGGAAAUUCUCUUAGUGAACUUAAAGAUCUGCUUAGAGAGGCAAUACGACAGCUCAAAGAGAAUACGUGCGUAGAAUGGGUAGCGAGGACGUCAGAAGCUGACUACGUCAAGUUUAUAAAUGACAAAGGCUGUUACUCAUAUGUUGGGAAGAUUGGAGGGGCGCAACCAGUUUCCAUCCAGGCUUACGGAUGUACAUCGAUUCACACCGUCUUACAUGAAAUGCUGCAUGCAAUGGGAGCGGCUCAUCAGCAGUCCCGCAGCGACAGAGCUGGAAUGACGUCAAUGAAAUGGAACAUGAUCCAGUCUGGUGCUUUGAAUAAUUUUGAGAUGGAAAAUACAAAGAACGCACAGCCGUACGACUACAAAUCACUGAUGCAGUAUGAACUUAAUUCAUUUGGGAAGAAUGGCGGGAAUUCUAUGUCAAUCCCAGACAUGAGUUUGGAGUACCUGAUCACAAAUACAAAGAAUUCUCUCACUAUAUACGACAUCGGCGAAAUCAAUAGCGCCUAUCAAUGUACUGCUGACUGUACCAACAAAUGUGAAAAUGGAGGGGUGGUGAUGAAAGGAGACGGAACUUGUGGAUGUAAAUGUCCGUCCGGUCUGAAGGGCGCUGAUUGUUCCGAACUGGACACCAGUGAUGGAUGUGGGGGCUUCAUUACACUAAGUAGUGAUGUGGAAAAGAAAACUAUCGCAAUGGACUCCUAUAAGACAGAUCUAUUGUGCACUUGGAUUAUCAAGGGGCCAUCAGGCACGCGUAUAAAAGCCACAAUAGCCUCCAUGAAUCUUCCAUACAGCGAAUAUAACGAUUGCUACCAUUGGCUGGAGUUUAGGGACUACCUUAUUGGCGAUAGAGGGAAAGAGAGAUGUGGAACCACGGGAGGUGCAGGUUUCGAAAAAAUGCUGAUUGGUGAUCCAGCAAGGAUGAUGAUCCGAUUCAAUAGCAAAAAGCACAAGGACCAGACUCCAGGAAAGGGGUUUUCCGUCUCAGUUCAAGCAGUCAAGUCGGGAUGUGUAGCCUCACCCUGUAAAAAUGGUGCUAAAUGUACUGAUACUUCUGGAGGCGGUUUCACGUGUGAAUGUUCGAAUGGAUUUUCUGGAAACGAUUGCAACACUUUGGCGGCUUCCGCAAAAACAAAGUGUGGUUUCCAAGAUGACUUCCGUGCUUGCGUUUUUCAGCCAGACACUAAAAGCUCGACGUUUGAGUUUACAUUCGGCAGCGCUGUGAGCCCUGACGUUCCUGGAAAUGAUAACGGCUUUCAGUACCUUGUCAUCGAGAAUUUUUUUAAUUCUUUUUCUGGCAGAAAAGCUUACUUAAUCACAUCUGCCAACUUUGAAGAAUCUGAAAGAUGUUUAAGCAUGAAAUACGCUUAUACAAACCAAUUCUAUGAUGAUGGCGAAGACACCCUGGUCCUGAUAUACUACAAGGGAGAUAAUCAGGCGAUGACAACAUUGAUAACCCUUGGUAGCUCUGACAUCAUCGUCGGAUCUUGGCAGACGACAAAAGUUACAAUACCUUCUAUUAAGGGGCUCCAGAUUACAAUAGAAGCUAGAGAGGGAUUUCAGCGGAUGGGCUUAGAUGACAUUGAAAUAAAGUCAGGAGAUUGUGCAUGA